AACGGCGAUAGUUACUAAAAACAUGUAUCCACCAGGUGAAAAGAUUGAUAAAAUAGCUGCUGGAUAUUUAAUAACUCCAAAGAUACCUCAGGGUCUGGCAGCAGCAGUUGAAGGUCUAACAAGAGAAAUAAUAAGACAUCAUCCUGAAGAUAUUUAUGUAUUUGCCGCUCAACAUUUUGAAAAAUUACUUCAACUUAGAGAGCAAUACUCUAGAUCAAUGGAUCAACAAUGGAAUGUUUGUCCUAAUUCAUCAGUUUAUCUAGAUUUGAAGGAUUAUUAUAAAGACGUUAGUGAUUCUAAUAAUUAUUUUCAUGAUAAAGUAUCAUCGAGAUACACAAACUCCAAUAAAUUGCACAAAAAUGAAGAUUAUUUGAAACAUAAACGUAAAAAAGUUCAUAGUAGAGAGACCAAAACACGUUCUUCAAAAGUUUUUUCAGGAAUUACUGCUGUUCGUAAAGACAUAAAACAUAAAUUAAAGAAAAACAGAAUUUCUACACAAGAAAGUAAAACUGGAGUAUCGAAAAAUAACAAGGUCAUAGUAGUAAAGCCCGAUAGCAUGGACAAGGUCAAAAGCUAUGUAGUUGAUAAAUUUGCACAAACUACAAGUCUGGAUGAAUUACAAUCGAUGAAUUACACCGAAGUAGUUCAAAGUGUGAUAGAUAAUAACACUCAAAUUAUUAAUAAAAAAGUUGAAGAAUUAAAAAGCAAUAAGCUAAAUAUGCAACAAAAUAAAGAAUCGAUCAAAGAAUUCCAAAACAAUACUUUGAAUAAUCCAAAUAUUCUCGAAACACGUUUAAAUGAAACACAUAAUUUACUCAAAGAUAUCUCUUCGUGUUUUCCAAAACUUAACUCACAAUCACGACCACGAUCUGCAGAUGCUGUUUAUAAUUAUGCUAACUACUGCAAUGCUUCUGAUAAGCUUGAAGCUAUGUUAAAUGAAACUCACCAUCUUCUGUUGGGAAUUUCUAAUAAUUUUUUCCGAAGCAACGAAUUUCAAAAAUCUAAAUCUGAAGACAAUGAACAUAGUAAUAAUAUUUAUUUACCAUCUGUACAGUCAACAUCAAUAGUUAAUUCUUUGAAUUCUCAGAAAAAUGCUACUAAAAAUGGAUCUUCAGCUUUUCCACCCCUUCCACCGGUCACAAGUAUUUCUGCCUCACCUACAAAUUCAAUUAAAUCUGCAAAAGUAAAACAAGAUUUAACUCUUCCUGUUUUAUUACCUACUCCGGACAAUAGUCCUAUCAAAAAUAAUGAAGUUAAUGAACAAAAACACACUGAAAAUAGAGGUGUUAAAAAUAAAGAUGCAUUAAAAAUUGAUGAGCAACAAAACAAUAUUCAAGACACUGAUGAUGCAUUAAAAACUGAUGAGCAACAUGAUGAUAUGCCAGAUACUGAUGAUGCAUCUGAAAAAGGAAUAAUCAUUACAGAAAUUAAUGAUAAUUCUCGUAAAGAAACGCCUCAACAAUUAUGUUAUAUGUUAACAUCGGUUGAAAGCCCUUUAUUUGAGAUUCCAUAUAAUGUGACCACUGUUAUCAUUCCAGAUACAGGCAAUAUAAUUGAAGAGCCUAUACAUAAUCAUUGUUUAGAAGACCCUCUUAGUUCCUUGAUCGGAGAAGUUGUAAAUACAACAUUAGUGUCUGAUGAAAUGAAAGAUCUAGUACCUGCAUUUGAAUUAGCAGCACUUAUGGCAAACGAUAAAAUUAAAUUUCACAAGCAAAAUCUUCAAAGCAUAAAUGAAGAAGAUAUAUCGGAUGAGUUUAGAGAAGAAAGUAAAGUUAUACUGGAAGAGAUAACAGACGAAGAAAAAGAAUUGUUUAUAAAAGAAAAGCCAAUACUUGAGAAUAACUUAAUAAUGGAUGAGGAAAAAAUAGAGGAGGAGAAAGUAAAUAAGAAAGUAGAUGAGAUAACAGUAACAAAAAGUGAAAAUGAGAAUUAUGGGACAGAAAAUGAACUUGAUAGUGAAGCAUCGUCAACGACAAAGGAAACAAGUCCAACAGAUGGCCCAUUGGAAUCACCAGUGAUUUACGAAAAAACUGAAACUGGACCUAGUGUAAGUAAAUCAACGGAUAAUGUUGAAUCUUCUAAUGAAGCUAAAGAGACAACAGUCACUGACGGUAUGAGUUUACUUUCUUUAGAUGAUCCUGUGAGACCAUAUGUACCAGAAUUAAAUUUAGAUUCUUUACAAGACAUUACUGUUUCGUCGUUCAAAAUGACAGAAGAUGAAUGUGAUUUACAUCCAGAUGAUGACAUUGAUCGCACUAAUUCUAUCACGGAAACACCUACAUUGAAUUUAAAUGAUUCUAGAGAUAGUGAUGAAAUUUCCGCUACCUAUAUUGAAGCUAAAAGUUCCUAUGUUAUCACAAAUGAUAUGAUAAAUGAUGAUGCGCCACAUUUUUUAACUAGAAACAGAUCAGAAAUUGAACAACCAAAAGAAGAUCAGGGUAGCUGUGAAAUUCAAAACCUAGAGAGAGGUACUUAUAAAUUGGACAAUUCAUAUGAUGUUGAUAAACCUAAAGAUGACAGUAAUGAAUUUAAAAACCCUAAAGAUUUUCAAGAUGACAUUUCUGUAUCAGAAAACUAUGUCUUUAUGCCUCGGCUUUUGUCACCAGAAUUGAAUUUCACUAUACAAACAGUUGAUGAAUCUCAUCACGAAGUAAAGAUAGAAGAAAAUAAAGAGAGAAAAGAAGAAUUAAUUGAAGAGUACGAUAAAAGUAAUACUGAUAAUAAACUCAAGUUGAAAGAACAGCAAACUGUAAUAAUAAGUGAUGAAAAAAACUUGGAACCUGAUCAAUACCAACAAGAACAUGCAUUAGUGCUAGUUGAUUUACAAAAAAUCGAUCCUUUUAUUGAAGACUCUAUUGUUUUAGAGACUUUAUUGACGAGCCAAGAAUCAUUAGAAUUACAUCGUAUGGAAGAUUCUGUUAUUAGAAUUCAAGCAGUUAUCAGAGGGUUUUUAACACGUCACCAAAUGCGUAAAAAUAAAAAAGUAGAGGAGUCUCCAAAUGUCAUUGAAAAAGACCACGCUAUGUCAGGAGAAAAGAAAGAAGAAUUAAUUCCUGAACCUGAAGAGCAGGAUAUAAUGAAAUUACAAGACACUGCUGCUAAAACAAUACAGAACAAUUUUCGAAAUUAUCAAACAAGAAAACGACUCUAUCGAGAAAAUGCAAUGCAAAGAGCUACAACAAUUUCACGCGAAAAAACAGGUACUGACGAAAGUGGAUUAUUGGAGCACACUGGAGAAUUUCAUGACUGUAUUGUUUUUCCUGUACACAAUAUUUCUAUUAAUGUUGAUUCGUCUGAAAAUCCAGGAAAAAUACAUGAAAAUAAGGAAGAUAAAAACGAAGUUUAUGAUAAUCGUAAUGAUGAUAAACAAAUUUCCAAACGAUAAAUAAAAAUUAUAUAAAUUAAAUCGAAAAAAAUUUUGUAAAGAAUUGUACUCGGAAAUAUAUUAUGUUAAUUCGAAUAAGCUCAUCACUCAAAUUGAUUUGAAAAAUUUUUCAUUUUUUUUUAAAACUGAUACUUUAGAUUACUGUUAAAAUGAACGAGCAUUUUGAACUUUUAAUCAGAAUAUUCGUAUAUUUUGACAACACAUAUAUUAUAGAUACAUGAAAGUUUUUUUACAUAAUACUAAAGACAGAAGAAAAUACAACAUUAAUAAUUUUACGAGUGAACAUUUUAAAACAGUUUUAUAGCCGAAAGAAAAUGCUGUAGACUCUACU